AUGGCGAUUAUACCGAAGAUAACAUUCCUGAACCACCUGUUCCUUGCGGCACUCUGCGCUCAUUUGGCAAGAGGGCAUGUGGUUCUAGAGAACCCAAGGCCAUUCAAAUUUCCAGCCUAUGGCCCUUCAAAUCCUCUCGAGCCUAGUGGGUUAGAUUGGCCGUGCAAAAUCCCGGCCGGGCACCAAGGCAUAGAGAUAGAUGGGGAGCCAACUCUCAUUCAAAUAGGCCAAUCUCAGACUGCUUCUUUUACGGGCCUUGCGACACACGGUGGUGGAAGCUGUCAAUUCUCUCUUCUUCCAGGUCAUUCGCCAAGCAAAGACAACGAUGAUUUCCGAGUCAUCAAAUCCAUCGAGGGCGGUUGCCCAGUCGCCAGCGAAGCGUUAAACAUCCAGGCAGGAAAGCCGAACUCUUUCGAUUGGACACUUCCUUCUGAUCUCGAACCGGGGGAAUAUACGUGGGCAUGGACCUGGCAAUCACGAACAACUGGGGAGGUGUAUAUGAACUGUGCGCCUAUCACGGCUGUUGCGGGAAAGCAAACUCGUCUUGAGCGCUUCAAGCCAGCGGAGAGAGUUGACAGGCGAGGAUUGAGCGAGCUGCCGCCAGUAUUCAUUGCCGAUCUUGGAUCUGCUACUGGCGAUUGUCACACUGGCAAUAAGAAGGCUCAACAGGCUGUUAAGUACCCUGAGCCAGGAUUGGUUGUGGAGCAUCCAGAAGGUACUGGAAGACUAUUGCAGCCAACUUGCAAUGGCAAUCGACAUGCUGGCUCUGGUUCUGUGCCUUCUGGUUAA